GGAAGCUGGUGGCGGCCGGGUCGGAGAGAGGCUCGCAUCCUCGGUGCAGCUCCGCGGCCGGCUCGACCUCCACCCCGGCAGGACCCCGGCCCCAGCCCGGCCCGGGCGCACAGGGAUCGAGCCCGGCGGCCUGGCCCGCUCGCCUGUAUCAUGGCCAGUCCAAGGACCAGGAAAGUUCUCAAAGAAGUCAGAGUGCAGGAUGAAAACAAUGUUUGUUUUGAGUGCGGCGCCUUCAAUCCACAGUGGGUGAGUGUGACCUAUGGAAUCUGGAUCUGCCUGGAAUGCUCCGGAAAGCACCGAGGCCUGGGGGUGCACCUCAGCUUUGUGCGCUCUGUUACUAUGGACAAGUGGAAGGACAUUGAGCUGGAGAAGAUGAAGGCUGGGGGAAAUGCUAAAUUCCGAGAGUUCCUGGAAUCCCAAGAGGAUUACGAUCCCUGCUGGUCCUUGCAGGAGAAAUACAACAGCAAAGCCGCGGCUCUCUUCAGGGAUAAGGUAGCCACUCUGGCUGAAGGCAGAGAAUGGUCCCUGGACUCAUCACCUGCCCAGAACUGGACCCCACCGCAGCCCAAGACGCUGCUGUCCUCAGCCCACCGCGCCUCUGGCCAUCCCCAGAAUACGGCGGCCUCCGCAGACAAGGCUUUUGAGGACUGGCUGAAUGAGGAUCUCGGCUCCUACCAAGGCGCCCAGGAGAGCCGCUAUGUGGGGUUUGGGAACACGGUGCCACCCCAGAAAAGAGAAGACGACUUCCUCAGCAGUGCCGUGUCGUCCCUGUACUCGGGCUGGAGCAGCUUCACGACUGGGGCCAGCAGGUUCGCCUCAGCAGCCAAGGAGGGCGCGACAAAAUUUGGAUCUCAAGCAAGUCAAAAGUUUUGGGGCUACAAGCAGCAGCCGGAGCCGGCUUCCGAGUUAAGCCACAGUCUGAACGAAAACGUCCUCAAACCUGCCCAGGAAAAGGUGAAGGAGGGAAGGAUUUUCGAUGACGUGUCCAGUGGGGUCUCCCAGCUGGCAUCCAAGGUAGGGCAGCCCCCCUACCUGGGGCCAGCACGAAGCUGUCUCCAGAUCUUUGCACCCGGCUGCUCUGUGCCCCAACAGUUGGAGCGUGGCCCGGCGCUUUGCACCCCCAGAGUGUGUCCGCUCAGGGAGCUCUCGCCGCAGGCGUGGCCUGGGCCCUGGCUCCUGGGGACACUCGGGCUGCUGAGUGCAGGAUGUGGAACUGCUCUGCUGGUGGGGCCUGACGGGGCGUUAACAUGUUGCUCUUUCCCUCCUGCCCUGGUCUUGCUGCCGUGGGCCUGUCCUCGGUCCAGGGGGUCGGCAGCAAGGGGUGGCGUGAUGUCACGACCUUUUUUUCUGGAAAAGCGGAUGAUCCCUCUUUCCAACCCCCGGAGGGCGGCAGCUACCAAAACAGUGGCAGAGACAACUUCCAGAACAGCACCAUCGACCAGAGCUUCUGGGAGACCUUUGGGAGCAGCGAGCCGCCCAAGGCCCGCCAGUCCCCGAGCAGCGACAGCUGGACCUGUGCUGACAACUCCACGGGGAGGAAGAGCUCGGACAGCUGGGACGUCUGGGGCUCCGGCACCGUCUCCAACAGCAGGAACAGCAACCACAGCGACGGCUGGGAGAACUGGGAGGCUGGCGAGGGUGCCGGCGGGGAGGUCCGGGCCAAGGCCAAGAGGGCCGUGCAGCCUGCGGUGCCUGCCGAGGAGGGCUGGGACAACCAGAACUGGUAGCUCCCCGCCCCGCGCCCCAGCCCUGCAGAGCAGGUGGGGCGGCUGCCGUAUGCACUUCACCUCCUCGUUCCUCCUCCAUCAACCCAAGAAACGAGCACCCAUGGCACAAAGAUGGCCUCUCGGGACUAGCCCCCGAUGUGGGCCUGGGGCUGGCUCGUCCUUCCUGUCGUGUCUGCGCCACCCCAGGGUUUUCUGUGCAGCCUUCACAGCCUCCGGCGGAGGCUGGGCCUGGGCUGGGAGGGCAGUGUGGUGCCCGCAGCCACCAGGGCCCGGCCGUGAGGCCCAGAGCUCUCUGGCUGCAGAUGGGGGUCAUUUCAGUAACUCGUGCCCUAAAUAAACCGUCUUCCCAGGUUGCUAGGACCAAA